CGAAGAAGAAGAACCACAACGAAGAAGAAGAACCAUGCUAGCUUAUUAACCUAGUUUAAACUUCUUAGCAAAAGUGUAACGUCGAAGAGGAAACACUUCAGAGCACAUUUAAAUUGAAGACAGCAGAGAACACUUAUCAUUGGCCGUCAUAAUAAUAACAAUAAUCAGGAAGCAGGGGACUUUUCUAGUAGUUUUGCAGGUUGCUAUGGCAUCACGUCAGGACGGGACCGCGAACCGAUCACCAGAUAGCGCCUCGGAGGACGAGUCCAAACUGCCCCUCAGUCAGUUUUAUCCGUACAUCCGCUGUGCGCUGUGCUGCGGCUUCCUCAUCGACGCCACCACCAUCACAGAGUGCCUGCACACAUUUUGCAAACGCUGCAUUGUGAAGCAUUUUUUUGGUAGCAACAAAUGUCCAACAUGCAGCAUUGUGGUUCAUCAGACACAACCUCUGUACAACAUCAGGCCAGACAGACAGCUGCAAGAUAUCGUUUACAAAAUGGUUCCAUUCCUGGAAGAGUCUGAAAGAGAAAAAAUGUGCAACUUCUACAAAGAGAGAGGGCUGGCUGUGCCCAAACCAGUGGUUCUUUCCCCUCAAGUUCCUGUUGUGUGGAGGAAGCAGAAGAAAGGCAGUUCUCCCUCAUCAGUGUUUACAAUGCCCCCUGAGUUGAAUGUGUCUCUGCUCCUGGAGUUUGUUGGAGCUGAAGAGGGCAUUUUUGGCUUUAAGCCACUGGAGAGGCGGUAUGUUUGUGUGUCGGGGGAGGCCACCGUUCGCCACGUGGAGCUGUUCAUUCGAAGGAAAAUGGAGUUGAGUCCCAUGUGUCAGGUGGAUGUAGUUUGUGGAGAUCACCUCUUGGAUCACUUCCAGUCACUAAAAGACAUUCAGAACUCUGCAGGCAAAGACGCGCUACAGGAUGGUCUGUUGGUGCUGCACUUUGGUUUGGUUCUGCCUUCACUGUGAACAUGAGGCUUCUGAACUGGAAAAUAUUCACUUGAGCUGCUGCCUUUUCAUAAAGAGGAUUA